ACUACAAAACUCAACAUAUAUACCCAAAAAUAAAAAAAAAUACCACUUUGAGCUAGUAAUAAACACUACUAGCUACCUAGUUAUAAAAGUACUAUCAUAUAUAUAUACACACAUUCUCCCCCUUUUGAAACCCAAAAUUCAAGAACACAUAAGAAGAAUGAACUGCCUACAUUCUUGGCCCGAACCAAUAGUCCGUGUCCAAUCCCUAUCCGAAAGUGGAAUCAAGAAACUCCCACAACGUUACAUAAAACCACCCUCCCAAAGGCCUACUAGGGUUAAUAACUCUUUAUCAUCGUCAUCACAACUGGGAUGUGAUGAUGGUGAUCGUCGUCAUCAUCUUGGUUUUGACUCAGAUGAUGAUGACAAGACCGAUAUUAACAUCCCUGUGAUUAGUCUGGAGGAUGCGUUCUCCUCAGACAAAGCCCUUAGAGAGGCUACUAUGGCUGCGAUUUCGAGCGCUUGCCAUGAGUGGGGUUUUUUUCAGUUAGUGAACCACGGCGUGAGCCCCGAGCUGAUGAAACAAGCUAGGAACACGUGGAGAGAGUUCUUUGGCCAGCCUGUCGAGGAAAAGCAGCGGUACGCUAAUUCUCCGAGCACCUACGAAGGGUACGGAAGCCGGCUUGGGGUGGAGAAAGGUGCCACCCUUGAUUGGAGUGACUAUUUCUUUCUUAAUUUAUUGCCUCAAUCGAUAAGGAACCCAGACAAGUGGCCUUCAGUCCCAUCUUCAUGCAGAAAUGUGAUUGAAGAGUAUGAAAAGGAAGUGGUGAGUUUAGGUGAAAGAUUGAUGAAGGUUUUAUCUAUGAACCUUGGCCUAAAAGAGGACCACCUUUUAAAUUGCUUUGGUGGAGAAAAAAACAUUGGAGCUUGCUUAAGGGUUAACUUCUACCCAAAAUGUCCACAACCUGACCUAACCCUAGGGCUGUCGUCGCACUCUGACCCCGGCGGCAUGACACUUCUCUUGCCCGAUGAAAAUGUUGCCGGGCUCCAAAUACGUAAGGACAAGAGUUGGAUCACUGUUAAGCCUGCUCCAAAUGCUUUUAUUGUCAACUUGGCUGAUCAAAUUCAGGUGUUAAGCAAUGGAAUUUACAAGAGUGUGGAGCACAGAGUGAUAGUGAAUUCGGAGAAAGACAGAGUGUCAUUGGCAUUCUUUUACAACCCAAAGAGUGACAUAAUAAUAGAACCAAUCAAACAACUUGUUGAUGAUGAAACUCGACCUCCACUUUACUCUCCUAUGACAUUUGAUGAGUAUAGACUCUUCAUUAGGACUAAAGGUAUCUCUGGAAAAUCACAAGUUGAAUCUUUAAAAUCACCAUAAAAUCAUCUUCAUCAUAUAUGAAGAAUUGUCUUAUUCAUUAUAUAUUAUUAUGACUUUAAUAUAUAAUUAUUAGCUUUGUACUUGUACUAUGUGUGUGUGAUUCAAAAAAUAUGUAUGGUAUUUCUCUAUUAUCUAUAUCUGUAAAAUAAAUGGCACGUACGUUACUUUUGUUGAUUAUGUGGAAAAUUUGUUAUACGUA